AUGACUUCUGCUGGGAAGUCGCCGCUUGUCCAGGUACUCUCUGAUGGGUCGACUCGGCUAUUAUGGCAGAAGGCAGGCGGUACCAAGGUUCUGUUGUUCUUUCAUGGUGGGGGAUAUGUUAUGCCACUAUCACCAGGGCAUCUGGACUGGAUGGCCUAUAUCACAGACAAAGCCUCCGACGCCGGUAUACAGUUGGCCACCUGCCUGCUGGAAUAUGAUUUGGCUCCAAGCAAGCCCUAUCCUAAGCAAAUGAAACAGGCCACUCUAGCCUUAAACCAUCUCCUUAACACUGGAUACAAUCCCAAUGAUAUUAUAUUCGGCGGCGACUCAGCAGGCGGUCACCUCGCUCUUUCCCUGCUAUCUCAUAUCCACAACCCACGUCCUGAGCAGGGCAAGGUUAGCCUCACCGCUCCAAUAAAAGGCUGCUUUCUAGUCUCCCCGCUUACAUCGUUCAAUUUCGCCAACCGAUCCUACGAGCAGCGCUUCAGCGCAGACGUACUCAGCAAAACCAUCGUCCAAAAAUGGGGCGACUAUCUCAUCAACCACUCCCCAUGGCAGCAGGAAAUUACCGAAGGUAACGGGUGGGGCAUGGCUCUGGACGUACCGGAGAUGUGGUGGGAUGGACUGGACGCUGUGGACCAGAUUAUGGUAACUGCGGGCCAGGAGGAGGUAUUCCGAGAUCAUGUAUUGCAAUUAGUUGAUGUUUUCCGGCGGAGGUCUAAGGCAAAAGUAGAGUGGUUGGUGCCGGUUGCUGAAGCACACGAUGGACCGUUGAUGGACUUUUCGGCGAAAAGGUCACCCAGUGCUACCACGGAAAGGAUUACGAAGUGGGUUAUUCGGUGCUUUGACUAG